AUGGCGCCGGUGCUUAGGCCCAGGCAGAGCCUACCCAAGGAUAAGUUCCCUGGGUACUUUUCCAACCUGAAGAGCCAGGCGUACACGGAUCCCAGCUCGUCUAGAGGCGCGGGCACUCACAGUAUACGAUCUAUUGCGUGGAAUCCGCAAGGGACGCUCGUGGCAACCGGGUCGGCAGACAAGACGCUGCGCGUAUGGAAUCCGGAGAAGCCACAUGUCAAGUUCUCAACAGAGCUCAAGGGCCACUCCGCCUCUAUUGAGAAGGUGGCGUUCAAUCCGACAAAAGACGCCGAGUUGUGCAGCGUGAGCAGCGAUGGCGUUGUCAAGUUCUGGGACGUGCGCACCAAGGCAUGCUUCAACGAGGUGCGAGGGCUCGGCGACGCGCUCAGCCUUGUGUGGGCUCCCGACGGGCAGACGCUCCUCGUGGGCAACCGGGACGACGUCAUCUUCAUUCUUUCGCCUUCGCAGUCGACGCCAGUCUCAUCCCACCAGCAGCCGGUGCAAACGAAUCAGAUCAGCUUUUGCUGGGGUGGCGAGAAGGUCUUCCUGGCGACGGGAGACGGGCGGACACGGACACUGACGUAUCCCGGGUUCGACCCCGUCUUCAAGCUCAACUACGGGCCCGAGCCGAGAGAGUUUAAGCUGCACGGGCACACGUCUUCGUGUCUGACGGUGGAGCUGCAGCCGACGGCGAGGUAUCUUGCGACGGGGGGCUCGGAUUCGAUCAUCUCGUUGUGGGACACGAAAGACUUCAUCUGCCAGCGGACCUUGUCGGGGAUAUCUGGGCCGGUCAGGAGCAUCAGUUUCACGUUUGACGGUAGCUACAUUGUUGCCGGCAGCGACGAAGGGAGCGGCCUCGAGGUCUACCAUGUCGAAACGGGCGAACACGUGCAUACCUUUAAGACGGCGGGCUCGUCGCCGGUGGUCGCAUGGGCGCCGACACGCUACUGCCUGGCUUAUAGCGAUCUCGGCGUGCUGAGGAUCGUUGGUGUCGAUCCGGAUCGCAAGUGA